GUGAUUAACGUUUGCAUCGCGCCUCGAUAGAUACAUGGUGCAUAAGGCGUACAUGGCGUAUCAUGUUGCGACCACGCUCGACCACGUGAAAAUAAUCGAUAGAAAUCCGUAGAAGAGACACGGGAGAUGCCUGACUGACGGUGUGUCCUAAUGUUGUUUUCGCAGUCCGUCGGUCUGGAGGAAGAAGACGCUGCGCGGGAACCCUCUGAGAACCAUGUAACAAAACAUAAUCUGCACGACUCGAAGCCAAAGAUCGUCUCGUCGAAGGUGAUCACGGACGGCAAUCACACCGUGGUGGACAUGAAGGAGGAGCUGACUUAUACCAGCAGCAACGAGGACCUGAAGAGAGGUCAGAACGAGUACAUCUUGAAGAGGAUCCCGGCUGGCGCGGAAGCGACGAUCGUGCACGUCGGCGCGGUCGAUUUUCUGGACCAGCCGACGAUCGCGUUCGUCAGGCUUGCGAAGGGCGUGGUCAUGUCCUCGAUCACCGAGGUCAACAUACCGGUGAGAUUCAUGUUCACGUUGCUGGGUCCGAGGAACGGGGAUCUCGACUACCACGAGAUCGGUAGAUCGAUCGCCACGUUGAUGGCCAACACGUCCUUCCACAAAAUCGCGUACAAAGCGAACGAACGGCGCGAGCUCUUGUCGGCCAUAAACGAGUUCCUCGACGAUUCGAUCGUGUUGCCGCCCGGAGACUGGGAAAGACAGGCUCUGCUACCGUUCAGCGAGCUCAAGGCCAAGAGCGAGGCCAUCAGAAAUCGCAAGGCCAAGGCCCUCGAGGAGAAGAGUAAACCGAUACAGAGCGAGGCUACAGUUAAGAAAGCUCUUCUCGCUGGCGAGGAAGAGAAGAAACCACCCGGCGACGACGAUCCCCUGCGCAGAACCAAGCGGCCGUUCGGCGGCCUGAUCAACGACAUCAAACGACGCUAUCCCUUCUAUCUGUCCGAUUUUACGGACGGGUUGAACUCCUCCUGUUUGGCAGCUGCUAUAUUCAUGUACUUCGCCGCUCUGUGCACUGCGAUUACGUUCGGAGGUCUGAUGAGCGACAAGACGCACAACGUGAUCGGCAUAUCGGAAACCCUGGUCUCCGGCUCGUGGACCGGAGUUGUGAUGGCUCUGAUCUCGACCCAGCCACUGGUGAUCAUCGGCACAACCGGACCCCUGUUGCUCUUCGACGAAAGUCUCUACAACUUCUGCAUGGCGAACGAGCUCGAGUUUCUCACGGUGAGAGUCUACGUCGGCGCUUGGAUGGGGAUCAUCGCGCUGGCCAUCGCCAGCGUCGAGGGAUCCGUGCUGGUCCGACUGUUCACCCGCUUCACCGAGGAGAUCUUCACCGGUCUUAUCUCCCUUUUGUACAUCGUCGAGACGUUCAUCAAAUUGUACAACUAUUUCGUGAAGAAUCCGCUGCUGGACGAGUACAGCUUCGUCCCGGAAACGAAUCAGACCUUGUACUGGACCACGGAGGUGAAUGUCACCGAGAUGAAGGUCGUGUCGCCGAAAACCGGGAACGUCGAGACGAUAACGAUGGAAGAGCCUCGGAUCUUGAUACCAGGUCAGAACGCUGUCGGUUUGUUGAUCAAUCAACCCAACACGGCUCUGAUGUGCACGAUCCUGUGUCUCGGCACGUUCCUAGGCGCCUAUUAUCUGCGUAUCUUCCGUAACAGCCAUUACCUCGGCCGAAGCGCCAGGAGAGCGUUCGGCGACUUCGGUGUGCCGAUCAGCAUCAUUGUGUUCGCGUUAAUCGAUUACUUAGCCAAGGUCAAGACCGAGAAGCUUCUAGUGCCCGAAGGCCUAUCACCGACGAUACCCGGCAGAAGUUGGAUCGUCUCGCUAGGCGGAAUACACAAGCCGAUUCCUCUGUGGAUGGCGAUGGCGUGUAUCGUGCCCGCGUUGCUGGUUUAUAUUCUCGUCUUCAUGGAAACUCAAAUCUCCGAGCUGAUCAUCGACAAGAAGGAGCGAAAGCUGCGCAAGGGUAACGGCUACCACAUGGACAUAGUUGUGGUGUGUUUGAUGAACGUCGGUUGCGGAUUGAUAGGCGCUCCUUGGUGCUGCGCCGCGUCGGUCCGCUCGCUGACGCACGUGUCCGCGGUGACGGUGAUGUCGCGAACCCACGCGCCCGGUGACAAGCCGCACAUCGUUGAGGUCAAGGAGCAAAGGGUCAGCGCUCUGCUGGUUGCCAUAUUAAUCGGCGUGAGCGUGCUGAUGGCGCCGCUGUUGCGACGCGUACCAAUGUCCGUCCUUUUGGGUGUGUUUCUGUACAUGGGCAUAUCGUCGACGAACGGUGUCCAGCUGUUCGACCGUGUCAAGCUGUUCUUCAUGCCGGUGAAGCAUCACGGGACCGCGAACUACGUUCGCCGGGUGCAGACCUACAAGAUGCACAUAUUCACCUUGAUACAAAUCCUGUGCCUGGCCGUGCUGUGGAUCGUGAAGAGUACCAGGGCGGCACUGGCGCUCCCGUUCUUUCUAAUCCUGAUGAUACCGCUCAGGGCUCAGAUGAGCCACUUUUUCAACGUCGCCGAGCUUAGGGCACUCGACAGCAAGGGCUCCGACCACGAGAGUUUCGAGGACGAGCCAGACUUCUACGAGGAAGCUCCGUUACCUGGUUAGAUAGUGCCUUAUUCGACUUGCUCCGAACAUACCUCUACACUACUCCUCGUCUUUCUCAUCUUUCUCUUGUCUCACUUUCCACAAUUUCUCAGUCUCCCUUUUCUCUCCGCCUUCUCCUGUAUCUCCCUUUUCGAUUAUCCGCUGCAUCUUUCCACAAUUCACACGAAAUUGUUCCCCCAUCGGAGGAGCGUGAGUUCGUCGAGUAGACAGAGUCUAUUUUCGUGGGAGAGCCGAUAUGUAGACCGAUGAAUUGCGAACGAGGGCAUAGAUAAAGGGGGUAGAUAAAAACAGGGAUUGUUCCGAUGCCUCGCAAAGAGAUGUUGGUUAACUCGUUAAAUUCGUAAAGAUUAUUUUGUAUUACGAAACUUGUACAUAAUCGAUACACUGUAUAGAGGUGAAACGUCGGAAUCUCUUUUUACAUGUAUCUUGGAUGUGUAUGGGUACUCGGGACCGGGACAGAGGCUGUUAGACUAUGUCGAGUUAUAUGUAUUAUCCGAAUAGAAUAUAAGGUGUGUCGCUAUCUACGAUCGAUAGGUAGAGGCCGGUAAUCUGUCCACGAGAAAGAAGGUGCAUUAGGCUAUAAUAAAUUCAUUAUUUUUGCUAGAAUAUUUGAAAUUGCGACAAAUAAAUGAUAUAUGUAUAUCGUAUACAUGUGUGUAAUAUAUUCUGUAAAAAAAAAAACAUGAUAUUUUUCCAGUAUCGAGCAGAAUGCACCGUGCACAAAACUUGCAACGUCGCGGUAAACAAUUGAAUAACGAGCAAAAAGAAAAGCCUAAAUACUAGUCUAACGAAAUUCGAAUGAAACGUUAAUUCCUUGGCUCUAUCGAUGUAUCAAAACAAGUUGAAAAAUCGCGUGGAAACGCGUGAAAUCUGCUUCGACGAUAACGAUCGCAGUUUUUCAUUUGCUACGCCCGUGACAAGAGAAAUAAUUGUUCGGUUCCGUUCGAUUCGGCUCGACUCGGGUUCCCGUUUGGCAUUGUAAUCUUUGCGCGGAAUGGCGUGCGACUCCCCCAAGCGUGUGGAGUACCUAUACGCUAUCUAAUAUAUCGGUAAUCGAAGUUUGCGAUGUGUUUCACCCUUGUUGGAGUCGGUAGGGAGAAAGGGUGCCUCCGAGUGCCUCUUAAAGUAUGGUGAUGAACGACACGUUGCUCAGGAAAAUUGGUCUGUGUGAACGGCACUUUAACGGGAUUACGAAAAGUGCCAAAUCGCAAAGAUCGCGGAUUCAUUAAUGGUGCUGGUCCGUCCACGUGACAACCGCGUGGUCGAAUGAUAACGAAUCUUUUUACAAAGAGAUGUCCGGAUAGCGAUUCUCGUUAGUUGUUCUCAUAUCGAUCAAUAUUAGGGAUAGAGCUCGAAUUUCUUUGGGACCGUGGCACACACUUGUUAGCACCGCGUGCGAACGAUUACAAUCAUUUAGCAAUAUAUCUGUUGAAUACGCUCUAAAGUCGUAAUCGCUGUUUUUCCUAGAUGGAAAUCGGUAUUUUCCAAGUGAUUUCAAAGUAAAAGUAUAUUGAACCGUUGCGAACAAACGACACUCUCUCGUCUCCGUCGUAAACGAGUCACGCGAGGACUCAAAAGAGAAUUUUGUCGUACGAUCGAUCAAAAUCUUCUUCUUCGCCCGAACGAAUUCUCCUUCGAAUACUCCGUGAUAUUUGUAGUAGAAAGUUAAUUCAUACUCUCAUAAGCGUAUAGCCACCGAAAACUCGAUUCACUUUCGUUUUUAUCGACAUUACGUUGCACGAAUUAGAAUACCGUCGGAUAUGUAUGUAUAAUAUAUGGUAAUAUGGUACACUGUGACAAACAAAAAUCUAUUCAGAGACGUACCUGAUAAUAUCAUUAAACCCAGGGAGAAGAAGCUUAACGAUUCCAGAAUAUUAUCUGAAUUACCUCCGAGAAAUCGAGUUCGAGUCAACUUUUAAAUACGACUUUCACUCGAGUUCACGCUCGGAGGACGUCUUGACACGAAUCGAUCGUGUAUUUAUUUCAAAGAAGAUAGAAUAUAAGCAAACUUCGAUAUAGCGACGACCGAAUAAUCGCGCACGUGUAUUCAGCUCUUAUGCAUCUCUCCUCCAAUGUAUUUUAAUUUCAGUAUAAAAAAAAAAUGAUCAGUAUUGGUAGAUACGUCGCCUCAGUAACUAUUAAUUUUACAGUAGUCGUUAGUUUUUUCAAGUGUAAAGUUUCUACACUUUUUAGAGACCAAGCUGUAAUAUUAAAUAAUAUAUACGUACACAUAUACAUAUACAUGUGCAUACACGUGUAUAUCUUAUUAUAUGCGAGAGAUACGUGCAACAAAGAAAGAACAACUAAACAGAUAAAUAUUUUGAGCGCGAAAUAUGUAGUUUCAAAGAGAAAAGACAUACUAUUUUUAUUCGUUGAAGAUAUUUUACUAAUCCUUGUCGAGCUAAAGGUACCUUGUCGAAUGAUAAAUGAAUUCUACUCUUACGUGUUGUAUUUCCGUGAAACUCGAUCUAUUGUUGCAUUACCUACUACUAUUAAUUUAUAUACAUGAAGACAUCAAUUUCGAAUCGAAGAACACUGUGCUAUGUAAUUGUGAUAGAGAUCCAGAGUCGCUGUAAGAACUACUGGCAGUACUUACGAGCAUAAUUAGAGUAUUAGCAUCAACUUUUUAACACGGAAUUUCAUUAGAUGUGUUUAUGUCUAGUACAUCAACAUGUUAUUAUAUGCAUACUGCAGAUAUUAUCUAUAUUGAGAGAUUAUUGAAAUAAGUAUCAAUUGUUAUGAGUUCAUUUAAAAGAAAACGUGUAAAUAAUCUAGUUAUCGUACAGUAUUAAAGAGUAAUAAUUAGUAAUAGGCUCCUAGUACAUGGUUCACGCCUUGUAUUAGAAUGCAGAGAAAUAAAAACAUUUCAAUGGCCCUCUA